AUGCCUCGCAUCGCCACAGUCGCGCUUCUAGCGGUAUCCGCCAUUACAAUUUUGUGGGCUCCCACCACUUCGGGUUUCUGGACUGGUAGUCAAGGACGCGUGGCAUGGGAUCACAAUUGCGAUUUCUACGGACACGACUACCGAUCGAUGAAGGCCAUCCCCGCUGUUUGUGGCGACGUGUGUGCUAACGAUGCAGCUUGCACCCACUGGUCUUGGAACAACUACAAAGGUGGCACUUGCUGGUUCAAGACAGGAGAUCGAUCAACCAAGAUUGCCAAAUGGGGUACUAACUGCGGCUACGUGCUUGGUCGUAGCGUGCAAGGACAAGAAGGUAAAGGUCAAGCUGGAAAGACCAAUAGUGGUCUUUCCCCGUCCGAGAUGGGCGAGAUGCUUGGACGUAUUAACGCAUACCGAUCGCAGCAUGGCCUUGCAGCACUCACAAUCGACAACCAGUUGGUAUCGGCGGCCUUACUGCAUUCACAGGACCAGGCCAACAAUUGCAGAAUGACCCACGGUGGUUCAAAUGGAUCAAAAGUCGGUGACCGCAUCAGCGCACAGGGCUACCAAUUUGCUACGGCUGCAGAAAAUGUGGCAGCUGGUCAAGAGACUGUGGAUAACGUUAUGACUUCGUGGUGGAACUCACCGGGCCACCGGGCCAAUCUCCUCAACAAAGACGUGAAAAAUGUUGGGUUUGGAAAGGCGGUAAACACUAACUGCAACAGCUUUUCGACAUACUGGACGCAGGACUUUGGUCGUCAAGAUUAA